AUGCCCAUCAUAUCUCUUCCUGUUGAGUUGGUGACCGAAAUCUGCACACACCUGGGAAUACCCGCCUUGCACGCGCUUCGACUGACCUGUCGGUCGCUCUUCAUUACAACUGCCGAUACCUGUCGACGUCGGGCUUUCCGCAGCAUUUGCGUCCUGCUCACCACCGACGGGCUCCAUCGACUGUCAGAGCUUUCCAUGCAGGAGGGCAUCUGCGAACAUGUAGAGAGUCUUACGGUUGUCCCGGAGCUGUUUAAUGGUGAAUAUAACGCCCCCUACUCGACUUUUUCGCGGUGGGUUUGUAUCCAAGGGGCUUUGGGGACAUCCCAGCAGGAGCAGGACUCUGGACAAGUCGAUGGCAAGGCAUACUAUGCCGUCUACGAGGCUGCCAUGGCGGACCAUCAACACGCGCUGACCUCGGCGACUUCCAUCAUCCUUCUCCAAGACUGUAUGAGGCGGUUUGUCAACUUGUCGUCGGUCGGAUUACAAUACUGCCCUACCGCAGGGACUGGGGAUAUCUGUCUAGGCUGGCGCAGAUUCAGAGCUCAGCUGGGUUUCUACCCCGACUUCGAGAGGGAGCGCUUCCCGCACGAACAGAUCGCCAGGGAGCAUGAUCUGGCUUUCUCUCUCCUUGCAGAGGCUCUGAUUGCCAGUGGUCGAAAGGUGAAGAGGCUGUCGACCUGUGGCCCACAUUGCUACGGUGUGGGACUUGGCAGGAUGCAACUGACCCUCGAAGCAUGGGCAUCUUUUCUUUCCUGCCUCAAGGGAUUGUCGCACUUACACUUCUGUCAUGAGAGCUCGGCCAUUUCUUCUCACCCAGAGCGUCUGUGUGAGUUGUUGGCGGCGGUUGCCCCAAGUCUCGAAACACUACGCUACCAAAUCGGGCCCUACACUUCGUCAAUCUACCGGGAACCUUUCCGUGUUCGUGAGCUUUUUGAAGGGGUACCGUUUCAGCGCCUGCAAACUCGAUCAGCCUGGCUGAGCCUGAUGAUCCGUCCGAUCCUCUCCCCCAAGACAUGGAGGAGCAGACCAAGCACCAUUGGUGGCGUCUUCUGGAGUUCACUCGCGAUGAGCUUAACCUGCAAUUCUUUGUAUUACGGAAGGUGA